AUGCUCUCCACAAAAAUCAUUGGGCUUUGCAUCACGGCGCUGGCGACAGUGCAAGUUCACGCUGUCAAUAAUGGAGAGCCAAGCGCACGAGUCCAGAUUCCUGAGAGAUUGCUCCUGCCUGUCGGCGAUCAAAAUCUCGCUAGGGAAGGAGUAUUUCAACCGGUUCCAUCUUGGCUUCGGUAUACACCGCAAUAUGAGUGGCCGACUGAUUUGCCUGCUGCCCAGCCUGGACCCGUGGGGGCCGGCGAAGCAAGAGCCAGCUCAAGCCGACAGCCUGAGGAAGACGAAGUAUCUAGUCAGCCCAGCCGAGUGCCAUCCAACCCCUCAUUGUCACUUGGAAAGAACUGGUUCAGUAUGCAGUCGUAUACCCUCGACAUGCCCGAGCUUCAAAGUUUUUAUCACGGCGACAACUUCGAGCCUGUCAACUUUGAGGAUUUGUACACGAAUGGUCGCGUUCAUACAUCGGGCGCAAUCUAUCGACCCGAUCCUCAAGUCCUGCGUGCAAUUCAAGGUCAAAUCUGGCCAGUGUUGAAAGUGGAGGGCCUCAUACAGAACAAAGUUUCUCCCAAAUACAAUCUUAAGCACGGUGAGUAUCUCUGGCCACCCUUCCAACCGGGACCCAGCGGUGUCACAAGUCUGGAUCUUCGGCCGAAACUGGCGGAGGAACUCCGCCUUCGUAUCACCAACCGAAUGAAACAGCACAAGCAAGACACGCCGAACAUGUAUCAGAUGCAAGUGAACGUGGGCAGAAACACGCAUCACGUUCUCAUGCUAACCGGUAGGAGCAACGAUUACUUCGAUGAGGAAGUGCAUCUUCCACAAUCAGAGCUUUGGCUCUUCUAUGAAAGUGGAAAAGUAAACGGAGAGCAAAAACCGAAGGUUGCUUUCUUGGGCGCUUCAUUCCUACCUUUGGGAGCAAAAGAUCUGCUGGUAGGAAAAAAAGUGGCCUGGAUUGCUAAAAUUGGACAUGCGGCCUAA